AUGGCAUCAAAGAAAUUAAAUGUACCUGAUGAAACAAUGAGUAGAAAGGAUCCAGAAAAGUUCUUUCAAAUUGUUGAGAAGUUAGGUGAAGGAUCAUAUGGAUCAGUAUGGAAAGCUAUUAAUAAAGCAACAGGUAUACCAGUUGCAAUCAAGAGAAUAGCUGUUGAUAAUGAUCUAGAAGAUAUGGAAAAAGAGAUCAACUUUAUGAAACAAUGUAAAAGUAAUUAUAUUAUCACCUAUCAUUGUAGUUUUAGAAAGGAUAAUGAAAUUUGGAUUGUAAUGGAAUAUUGUGGAGCAGGAUCAGUAUGUGAUGCAAUGAAGAUUACAACUAAAACAUUGUCAGAGGAACAGAUUGCAGUGGUGAGCAAGGAUGUGUUGCAAGGGUUGGCCUAUUUACAUUCGGUGAGAAAGAUUCAUAGAGAUAUCAAGGCUGGCAACAUUCUACUCAACAAUAUGGGUGAGUCCAAGCUGGCCGAUUUCGGUGUCAGCGGACAAUUGAGCGACACGAUGGCCAAGAGACAGACCGUGAUUGGCACGCCGUUUUGGAUGGCACCCGAGGUCAUCCAAGAGGUUGGAUACGACUACAAGGCCGAUAUCUGGUCGUACGGUAUCACAUGCAUUGAAAUGGCCGAGGGCAAGCCACCCCUAUUCAACGUGCAUCCCAUGCGUGUCAUCUUUAUGAUCCCCAACCCUACCAGACCACCCCCUAAAUUGAGCGAGCCCGAGAGAUGGAGCAACGAGUUUAACGACUUUUUGGCAAAGUGUUUGACGCGAAAGCCCGAACAGCGUCCAUCGGCCGACGAGCUCCUCAAACACCCCUUUAUCACCCGUGCACGCGGACACAACCUCUUGGUACCACUCAUCGACGAGCAAGACAUUAUCAUUGGUGAAAAGGGUCGUGAAGCAGCCCUUGGACUAGAGUCACGUGAAGAAGAGUCAGAUUCAGAGACUGAUUCAGAUGCAUCGGGUGGAGAUAUGGGAACUGUACGUCCACUCAAACCACGUUCGAUGGCCAGAGACGACGAAGACGAUGAAGAAGAGGAAUACGACAGUGGCACCAUGGUCAUCACAGACAACAAUCAAUACGACACGAUGGUAGUAAACAACAACAAUGAUGACGGCGACACUGGUACCAUGCGUCCAACCAACAACAACAACAACAAUCACAAGAAACCAUUUGUACCCGCCUACAUGGACCAAUUCCAAAAAAAGGAUAACACCAGCAACAACAACAAAUUCGAACACCUUACACUUGAUGAAUUGGUAAAGAAAUUGGAUGAAAUUGAAAAGGAAAAAGAUCAACAAAUUGCAACCAUCAUGGAAAAAUAUAAUAUUACAAAACAAUCUUUAAGUUCUGUUUUGGAAGAAAAAAAAGCUGUAAGAUAA